AUGGCCGCCUCCGCUAAAGUGCAACAAGCUCAGGCCUUCAUCACCGAGUCGUUUGGAUACAGUAUCCAGGACGCAGCCCUUGUGCAUGAGGCAAUCGAUACGACCGGAUUGUGCAGGAUUUACUCUACCGAAGCCAACAAACGCUUGGCUAUGGUUGGCGACAAGGCUCUCGAGAGCACCAUCAUCUCGGCGUGGUACCCUACUGGAGCUCCAAGGGGUGAAUGCUCUUCCCAAGUCCAGACCAGACUCCGGAAUGAGAACUUGGCAGAUGUCGCAGAGACGCUCGGCCUUGAUCGCUACUUGAUCCUCCACCCUGGGCAGCUCGGAAGAGUGAGUCGCAAGACUCUGGCCACUGGACUUGAGGCGAUAUUUGGCGCGAUCUAUCGUGAUUCCGGAGAGCAGAUAUCAGUCGUCAGAGAAGCUAUGGAUUUCGUCGGCAUCUGA